ACUCAGAAAACUUAUUACUCCUCUGUUUGAUCCAACUCUUCACAUUGUUUUAUCUUCUUCAAAGAUUUCAAUAUUUUCUUAAAAUGGCUAAAGCUAAGAAGAUCUCUACGGAUCAGAGAUUGGGUUGUGAGAGUCUCCUAGGCUGUAUUUUCCAGAGUUGGAGUCCACGUCGACGGAAACCCUCUUUACCGGAGAAAGAUCACAAAGCAAAAGAUUACUUGCCUCCCAAGUCAACUACCAUUACGAACCCUAAAAUCAUUCCAAGAAAAUCAACCGAUUCUUUUGCUCAGACAAAGAGACAAGAUCCACAGAAGACCAAACCGGACGAAAGUAACGCAAGAAAAUCAUCAGACUCAGCAAGAAAAUCAUCAGACUCCGCAAGAAAAUCUUUGUCCUCGGCUUCACCAAGAACAGAGAGCAAGAGGUUUUCACCUAACGGCGUGAUGGGAAACAUCAUCGUGAAACCGCAGCCCGCCGUUAAAUCUCCUGACGUGUCACAGACAAGAAGUCGGUGGGAGGGCAAAACUGUAAAUUACAGACAUGAUCCGGAGACUCUGAAGAGAAUGGGAAACGAAGAGUAUUGUCGUGGAAGGUUCGGAGAAGCUCUUGUGUUUUACGAGAGAGCCAUCUUAGCUGACCCUAAAACGCCGACGUAUUGGUCUAACAAAUCCGCCGCUUUGAUCAGUCUUGGUCGUCUUUUAGAAGCUUCCGAUGCAUGCGAAGAAGCUCUAAGGCUUAACCCUAAUUACGAGAGAGCUCAUCAGAGACUUGCUUCCCUCCAACUCAGAUUGGGUGAGGUUGAAAAAGCUUUGUGUCACUAUAACCAAGCUGGAAAAUACACAGAGACAAAACAUAUAGAACAAGUUGAAGAUGUUAUAAAAUGCUUAAGGAGGUGCAACGAAGCUAGGAGAUCAAAGGAAUGGAAUGUUGUGUUGAAAGAGACUUGUUUUGUGAUAUCAUAUGGAGCAGAUUCUUCUCCUAGGGUCUAUGCACUCCAAACUGAGGCGUUAUUGCAUCUUCAGCGACAAGAAGAAGCGUAUGAUGUGUACCAAAAGGCAACAAAACGCUUAGACAUCGAUAGUUUCAUAAAGAUUUUUGGUCUUUCCAUUACUUCUUACAUCUUAAUGGUCGGAUCUCAGGUCUACAUUGCAGCAGGAAGAUUUGAAGAUGCAGUAACAGCGUCGAGGCAAGCGUCUCGACUAGAUCCGAGUAACGAAGAAGUAAAAGCAGUGGCUAGAAAAGCAAGGGCAGUUGCUGCGGCGAGACUCACCGGCAAUUUACUAUUCAACGCGUCCAAAUUCGAAGCGGCUUGCGUGGUUUACACGGAAGGACUCGAGCAAGACCCUUGCAAUGCUCUCUUGCUCUGUAACAGAGCGGCCUCAAGAUUCAAGCUUGGUCAGUUCGAGAAAGCCAUUGAAGAUAGCACACUGGCUCUCAAUCUUCAGCCAUCGUACCGGAAGGCGAGGCGGCGCAGGGCAGAUUCUUAUGCGAAGUUGGAGAAAUGGCAACAUGCGAUUCAAGAUUAUGAGUUGUUGAUGAUGGAGACACCUGAAGACGAGGAGACUAGAAGAGUCUUGGCUGAUGCAAAUGUCCGGUUUAAAGGAGCCGGCUCGGAUUUAGUUGUUGUGAAUUGAGACGAGAGAUUUUGAUUUUGAGUAAGCCGAAUUGUAUAGUUUCAAGAGAAUUUUAAGAACGAUUUGGUUGUGUCUGCUUGUUUGUUUGCCUUGUUUUGCUAAAUUAGAUCUCACGAUCGUUUUCUUAUUUUAGGGUUUUUGUGUGUGUGUGUGUGUUUACCAAUUACCAUAAAAGUUUUGUAUCAAAUGAAUAUACUAAAAGCUCAUCACGUAAGUGUUUCUUCUGAUCU